AUGGCUUCCUUCCAUGUUCGUUCCAUCAGUUUACCUAAAAACUCUCAUCCUCUUACUCUUGCAGUGGAGGAACAAUUGUGCCAACUAGAAGCAUCUUCAUCAAUCAGCCAAAAUUUAUCUGGUCUCAAAAAGUUAUAUGAGUGUGUUGAAGACUUCCUUUCUACCCAAGAUGGGGAAUGCUUAGACUCUGGUUUGGAUGGAUCUAUCAAGGUGUUGGAUGUUUGUAGUAUUGCCAAGGAUGUUUUGUCUCAAAUGAAACAAUCCGUUCAAGAAGUCCAAUCAUCCAUUAGAAGAUCAAAUGAAGUUUCUGAAUACAUGAUCUCAAGAAAGAAGAUCACUAAGGUGAUCCGCAAGUGCCUCUCAGAUCUAAAAAACAAGAAAAUCGACACCGAAAGUAGUAUCCUAAGAGAAGUUGAAGCAACUACUCUUGCUAUUCUUGAAUCUCUAUUGUCCUUUGUGUCUGAGCCAAAACAAAACAAGUCCUUUAUAUCUAAAUUGAUUCUCAACAAGCGAGUUGCACACAAAUGCGAUGAAGAAACUUCUGAAGUGAUGAAGGUUGACAUUGCAGUCAAAGCCCUUACCAAAGGCAUUGAAGUAAACAAUGUGCAAAAGACAUUGAAAGCCCUUGAAUUGACCCUUGAAGAUCUUGAAGACAAACUAGAAGUUGUCUUCAGGUGUUUAAUCAAGAACAGGGCUUCACUCCUCAACAUCCUCAACCAGUAG